GAGGGGCAGAGAGAGAGACACACACACACAGAAUCUGAAACAGGCUCCAGGCUCCGAGCUGUCAGCACAGAGCCCGAUGUGGGGCUCAAACCCACGAACCAUGAGAUCGUGAUCUGAGAGGGUCAGACGCUUAACUGACUGAGCCACCCAGGUGCCCCGAUUUACCUAUUUUUUAAAUGCAUUUUUGCCCUUUGCCCCUGCCCCCACCUCUCUGGGCAGGGCCCAGGUUCCCAGCCUGGGUCCUUGUCCGGGAGUGGCUGUUGGAAGGGGACCUGGGAGAGGGGAGGGGGACGCUUUUGGGAUGGGGCUUCUCGAGGGCCCAGGUGAAGAGCAGGACACGGCUUUUCGUGAGGUGGCCGAGCGGCAGGAAGGAAGCUCUGACUGUGACCUGGAGAAGCGCAGGCACAUACAUACCACGUCAGGUGGCGGAAAGUCACGGAGGAACCUGAAGUGGCGUUAGGGCUGUGACUUUGUACACGGUAGCCUGGGGAGACCACUCUGAAGACAUUUAGGCAGAGACCUGAAAGGCGGCGCGGGGCUCCAGGGUAGAGCCUCCCCGGCAGACGGGCAGCAUGUGAGGUGUAAAGCCUGGGGCCCCCCAGCAGAGUGACCUGUCCCUGACAGUGAGCCGGUCAGGAUGUGUCCAAAGCCUUGAGCAUUAAAGAAAGAAAAGGCGGGGGAGGGGCGCCUGGUUGGCUCAGCCCGUUGAGCCUCCGACUCUUGAUUUAGGCUCAGAUCACGAUCUCACGGUUUGUGAGUUUGAGCCCCAAGUCGGGCUCCGUGCUCACAGCGUGGAGCCUGCUUGGGAUUCUCUCUUGCCCUGUCUCUCUCUCUCUCUCUCUCUCUCUCUGAUUCUCCCCUACUGGCGCGCGUGCGCGCGCUCUCUCUCUCUCUCUCUCAAAAUAAAUAAACUUAAAGGAAAAGAGAUGAGCCCCAGAUUGGUGAACUCUAACCAGCACCCCGUAUGGCCUGUGUGUGAUUUCAGGUGGAAGGGGGCAGCAGAGGGGCCGGUGAUUUGGGAGGACCAAUUCUGCCUUCCAGGGUGUCUUCACGGCCACUCAGGAAGGUCCCUGGACUCAGCUGAGUUUCCUGGGGUGGUGUCUGUCACACCCUCCCCUGCCGGUAUUGAGCCCGUGGGCGUGAGGCUCCGGUCUGGGAGUCAGAAGACAUGGGGCCUCACCGGCGCCACUGUUCAGCCACCCCUGUGACUCGGGGCAUGUCAGUGGCCCUCCCUGGCCUCAGUUUCCUCCUCAUAAAAUGAGAAUAAUUCCUGCCUAGCAGACGGCAGAGCGGGUGCCCCGGAGGCCUCCGCGGAUGGAGGGUGGCCUGGCUGGUGCGAGCACAGUUCUGCAAGGACAAUGUUGAAGAGUGGCAGUGACGGAGAUGGGCCGGUGAUGAAGAUCAAGCAAGAGAAGCCCGAGUGGCUGCUGCAGACGCUGAUGCCGCAGGCCGUGCUCUCCGAGAAGGAUAAGGAAAACAUUUUCCAGCAGCAUCGGGGCCUCCCGCCAUGCCAGACCGUGGGGAAGCCUCGGGCCCUGGGGGGACAGGAGGAGCCUGGGGGUCCAAGAUGGGCCCCUCCCCCUGAGCAGGCCGGGGGGCUGGCGGGCCGGGCUCUCUCUGCCGGCGAGGGUCACUUCGUGUGCCUGGACUGCGGGAAGAAAUUCAGCUGGUGGUCGUCCCUGAAGAUCCACCAGCGCACCCACACCGGGGAGAAGCCGUACCUGUGCGGCAAGUGCGGCAAGAGCUUCAGCCAGAAGCCCAACCUGGCGCGCCACCAGCGCCACCACACGGGCGAGCGGCCCUUCUGCUGCCCCGAGUGCGCGAGGCGCUUUAGCCAGAAGCAGCACCUGCUCAAGCACCAGAAGACCCACGCGCGGCCCGCCACCCACUCGUGCCCCGAGUGCGCGCGCUGCUUCCGCCACCAGGUGGGCCUCCGCAUCCACCAGCGCGCGCACGCCCGGGACCGCCUGGGCGCCCGCGCGGGGCUGCAGGAGUUGCUGCGGGACGCCGCCGCCGCCCGCAGGGGCUGUCGCCUGCGGCCCGGGCCGCCGCGGGGCCGCCCCGAGUGGGCCUGGCUGGGGCUCUGCCAGGGCUGGUGGCGCCAGGCGGGGGCCCGGGCCGCAGUCGCCGCCGCGGGGCCGGGCGAGCAGCGCCAGUUCAUCUGCAACGAGUGCGGCAAGAGCUUCACGUGGUGGUCGUCCCUGAACAUCCACCAGCGCAUCCACACGGGCGAGCGGCCCUACCCGUGCCCCGAGUGCGGCCGCCGCUUCAGCCAGAAGCCCAACCUGACGCGGCACCUGCGCAACCACACCGGCGAGCGGCCGCACCCCUGCCUGCACUGCGGCCGCAGCUUCCGCCAGAAGCAGCACCUGCUCAAGCACCAGCGCACGCACCUGCCCGGCGCCCAGGCGGCGCGCUGCCCCAGCUGCGGCCAGAGCUGCCCCAGCCGCGCGGCCCUGCGCGCCCACCAGCGCGCGCACGCCGCCCCCGCCGCCGCGCCGCCGCGCCCCGGGCCCGCCGUGCGCAGCGAGCCGCAGGCCGAGGCGCCCCCGGGGCUGACGGCGCCGCCGCGCGGCCCCCAGGCGGCCCGGGGCCCGGGCGGCGCGCCGUGGGGCCGGGCGCGGGCGGGCCUGGCCGGGCCGGGUGAGCCCCGCCAGUUCAUCUGCAACGAGUGCGGCAAGAGCUUCUCGUGGUGGUCGGCGCUCACCAUCCACCAGCGCAUCCACACGGGCGAGCGGCCCUACCCGUGCCCGGAGUGCGGCCGCCGCUUCAGCCAGAAGCCCAACCUGACGCGGCACCGGCGCAACCACACGGGCGAGCGGCCCUACCUGUGCGCCGCGUGCGGCCGCGGCUUCAGCCAGAAGCAGCACCUGCUCAAGCACCAGCGCGUGCACCGGGGGGCCCUGGCGCCCACCCCCAGCGCCAAGGACCAGGCGCUUUAGUGCGCCUGGGACCCAAGCGGACUCGUGGGGGCGGGAGGGGAUGUCUGUGGGGGUGCGCGUGGCCAGGAAUGGUGGCUUCUACGACCCCAGGGGGUAAACCCCCGUCAAAAGGCGAUUUCCUCCAGGCUCCGAAAGCUAGAGAACAGAAUUCCAGUAGCAUCCCAAAGGGGACAGGUAGAGGUCCCAGUGUGGGCUCAGGGAGGACGUAAGACGAAGCAUUGCUCACUCAGGAGCCCGGAUGUGUCCGUCUGUCCCUCGGAGGUGGGAGGGAGGUGGGGAAUGGCCCAGGGCUGGACUGAUUGUCCCAUGCAGGCUGCCGGAUGGCCAGAGGCCAGUCUAGUGCGGGGAGUUUUAACAGACGCGCUGGUAUAGCAAGGACAGAAGCCAAGCAGUAGCGGCUGAGGAGGGUCAAGCACAGUCCCAAUGUCAAGGGCAGUGCCUGGCACUUAAUGGCCAUUCAGUGCAUAUGUUUGGAAGGACUGAAUGGUUCUGCGGUCCUUCUCAACCCUGAGUGCCCCAAAGCCCAGGGUGCUGCCACAGCGGGCUGGACGUUGGGACUGGUAUGGGUGUGGUGGCCGGACUGGCACCAGAGGGGUGGGUGGCAGCUGAGGUUCAGUAGCUUGGGGAGGGGCCCACAGCAGGAAAGGAAGCCCUCGUGUGGCGCUCCCAGUGGCCAUCACUGACUUGGAUCCUUCUCAAUGUCAGUGUUGCAGAAGAGAAAAAAAUGAAGGAUGGACGGUCUCACGUGGUCUCACUGUCCUUUGUAAGCUGCCCUUUUGGAACUCUAGGUCUGUGUGUGCUCUGAGGCAUCCAUUUGCCCCCAGGACCGGGACAGGGAGCUCGACCUUGAGCGUAGCAGCUCCCCAUGCCUGGUUCUGGCUGGGGGUGGGGGGCAGUACUCUCCUACCCUCUCCAAGCCAUUUGGUAUCUUCCCACAUGCCCUCCUCUACUUCUGGU